UUCAAGCAAAGGUCCAUUCGAAGCUCACCGCAAUGAGCAAAACUUCGAAACUUAACGCGAUGCUCAGGCGAUGCUGCAGCAUGGCACAUUACGGGUUUAGGGUCAUGGUUUGGGCUAUACGCGCAGGAUCUCAGACGUCCUGUACCAUAUAACAAGGAGUUCAACCUCCUUCGUCGACAUGGCCAUCAUUCCCUUUCCUUCUUAGAAUCUUCACCAGACUGUUCGCCUCGGUUCAACUGAAAUGGGUAACUUCCUGGAAGACCUUGUGCACCAGGUGAUGGAUAUCACCUUGGAGGACGAUGACCAAAGGGCACUCAAGGCAAAAUUCCACAAGUUGAAGCGAGAGGUCAUCAACGAUGUCCGCGACAUUUUCCCCCACGGACAGAUAACUCCGCCGACACUGGGCAUCAAAGGCAUUAGAGUCAAGCUUCCACCCAAAGAUCCCAACGACACGAGUGGCCCAGAUCUCCCGGGCUCUUCCAGUACAUCUGCGAUUCCCGAGGUUAUAGGCAUAUUCAAUGCAUAUGUGCAAAAUGAACUGCCUACAUACCUCAUUUACGUGCCAGACAAAAGGCUUGUCGGCCGCAAUGAAGUGAAGCGGAUGUUCCGCAAAGACGUCGCCUUGAUCACGGAGGAGGAUAUCCACAGCCGUCUUGUCGUUUUAAGGGAAUCGUGCCAUACAGCAGAGAGGCAGGACGCGAUCAGGGAUAUCGUCAAGGAUACUGUGAAAUUUGCUGUCCUCUCGCACCGUUGGCUGGACAGCGGCGAACCCACCUUCUACGACAUCUUAAAAUCCUUUAAACCGUACGGUUAUGAGAAACUCGUGAAAUUUUGCGAGAAAGCAAGCGAGUUCGGGUGCCGAUUAGCAUGGUCCGAUACGUGCUGCAUCAACAAGGACAGCAGCACCGAACUCGAAGAAGCCAUCCGGUCGAUGUUCAAGUGGUAUCGUGAUGCCCAUGUAUGCAUCGCAUACCUCUCUGAUACCACCUCGAUCGACGAUCUCCACGAAGAUGUAUGGUUCACCCGUGGGUGGACUCUGCAAGAGCUGCUCGCACCAUGGAGGAUGAAGUUUUACGUCGGGAACUGGCAGCCGCUCACCAGCGACCUCAAUGACAAGGAAAAUUUUGAGGUCAUAGCUGCGCUCUCGCGCGCCACGAGGAUACCUCUCGAUGACCUACGUCAUUUCCGGCCAGGCGUACGCAACGUCCACGAGAAAAUGAUGUGGGCUUCCACUCGGACAACUACACGUAUCGAAGAUGAAGCUUACUCCCUCAUCGGAAUCUUUGAUGUGAGCAUGAUGGUAGCAUAUGGAGAGGGAAAACGGGCGUUUUACAGGCUGAUGGAAGCUAUCAUUCGCAAGUGCGAAGAAUGGCAGAUCUUCGCUUGGGCGGGAACAAGUUCAUCCGACAGUGCUGCAUUCCCAGACUCGCCGCGAGGUUACUGUCCCCUUAAUUCAGUAGACAGCAACGACGCUCUUCUGCCAUCCACAGUGUGGCGCGGCGAUCAGAACAUCGCCAUGACGAAGCGCGGGUUGGAAAUUAAAGUACUCCUUGUUGACUUGUCAGAACAGGAGGCGACCGUUCACGAGAAGAUUGGCACCCAGGACGUCCAAACCGAUGCGUACUCCAGCUAUACUGCAGGAGUCGUGGACUACUGGUGCUACGAUACGAGUGGAGAUGGCAUUCUCCAGCCAGAGCAGGAGCAUCUCUGCGUGUUGCUUCGCCCUGACCCUCAUAACCCAUAUGCUGGUUGGCGCAAGAUUACGACACCUAACCUUGUGACCAUACGCACAGAGAGCAAGUUGCGGAGGACUCUGACGCCGGUUUGGCUGUAGAACAAGUACACGGCCUCACGGAUGGAAUGAUCAACUCCUUUCCUGUGCUCCGGGCUACUCGGGAGGUGACACGUGUAUAAGACUUGACGUGCAGAAAUUGAGUGAGGAGCUUUACUCCUUUGUGUCCUCACUAAAUUCUACGGCCCAUAUCACCAUCAAAGUACAUUAUAGAUAUAUUUUUUUUCGAAUUCUCUCUUUGAUUUUCCCAAUCACUUCGAUCUAACCUUUUACCAUUUCUUCUCGUUGCGUGCAAUGACAGCUCACGGCCUCAGGCCGUUGUGUUACAUCGUCUCACUGC